AGCCGUUUGCUGCGCGUGAAGAAGCCGCCGUGCCCUUCUGAUUGCCCGCGAUGGCGCCAAAACGAGUCGCGCCGGCGCCGAAGCGGGGCGCGGCGAAAGCUGCGCCCAAGCGAGGGGCGAAGAAGGAGGAAGACUUGCCCGUGGCGGAGCCGGAGGUGGAGGAAGAGGAAGAAGAGCCGGACGAGCCGGAAGAGGCAGAAGAGGAUGAAGAGGAGGAUGAGGAGGAUGUGCCGGAACCUCCAGCCAAGAAGGCGAAGGCCCUCCCGGCACGGGGAGCGGUGAUCGCCAAAGCCAAGGCAAAGCCUAAGGCCAAGGCCAAGGCCAAGGCGAAAGGCAAGGCGAAGGCGAAAGCCGGGCCCAGGGGAGUCAUCAAAGCCAUUGCUGCCAAAGAGUUCGCGGCGGUGUCGGCCAAGCUGAAGAAGUCUGCGAGCAAGGAGACGGUUGCUGGAAAGGGCAAGUGGUACUUCAUGAGCGAUUUGCGGAAGAUCAAGGCGGGUGCAGAUGAUGAGGCUGCCUGGACCAAGUACACGCCCAAGAUGAACAAGCAGCUGGAGGACGCUUACUCCAAGGGCUUCAAGCAGUACACCAUGACCUUCAAGGACAAGCAGUACAUCGUGAAAUUCAACACCAUGAUGCAGUUCCGGGCGGAUGACAAGAGCCUGCAGCGGCCGGUGAAGCGCGAGUAAGCAAUUCGUGUUUGGUUAGCAACAGCUUCUGCCGUUGACAUGAUUUGGGCCCAUGUCUCGGUAGGUGCAUAAGCAUACUAUGAAUGCAUAUGAAUGUAGGAAUAAAAUAGCAGUGUG